AUGUCCAUUCGAGACCUACCGAGAUCCACCAAAACCGAAAACAAACAAUACUUCAAUGACAUUCUUUUCCGCAGCGACAAGACGCGAGAAGUCGUAAUUCGUGGACCGCCAAAGUUCGCUUCCAAGGAGGAUGAACGCGAGUAUCAAAAACAGCAUCUGGCGGUUGCGUUUCGUGCCCUCGCCCGGCAGGGCUACGACGAGGGCCUCUCGGGACACAUCUCAUUAAGGGACCCAGUGAAUCCCACUGACGAGCACGGACACGUUUUGCCCGGAGGAGCUCAGCAGCCCUUCAACGUCGCUGCCUUUGCCAUCCACAGCGAGAUUCACAAAGCUCGCCCGGACGUGAAUGCAGCCUGUCACGCCCAUUCGAUUCACGGGAGGGCAUUUUCGUGCUUUGGUAAACCGCUUGAAAUGAUAUUCCAAGAUGCGCUCAAAUUCUAUGAGGACCAUGCGGUAUACCCCCGGUAUGGAGGUGCAGCUCUCACUGCCGAAGAAGGGGCACGAAUUGCGAAGGCCUUGGGCUCCUGUCGAAGUGUCAUCCUCCAGAACCACGGGUUGAUCACCUGCGGCAGUACGCCAGACGAGGCCGCAUUUUUGUUCAUAUCUCUCGACCGUUGCUGUCACGCCCAGCUGAUGGCCAACGCGGCAUCCGGUCCCGGUUGGGAAAAACUCCGCAUCCCUAAUGAAGUGGCGGAGUGGGUUCAGAGACGGCGAGGAAAUCCGAAUCGGAUGUGGUUGUCAUUUCAGCCUUAUUUUGACCAGGAGGUCGAAGCAGACCCAUCGGUAUUGGAGUAA